UAUUACCUCGCUUCCAGUUCUCUCGUUUGCUUUUAAUCUCUGUUGAAUGGAGUGAACCCGCCCUUUCUCUGCACCUAUAUCUCCUCCUCCAGCCACUCGAACCCAUUGAGAAUUGUCUUAUUGUGGAGCGGUUUUGAACCCUUCUCGGAAAGAAUGGAAGGGGAGAGGUUUGUGGCGGAAAAAAAAAAUGAUUUUCAAUCCUUUCAUUGAAAUCGUUUCACUUGAGUGACUUGAAAUAACUGCCUAUAAACAGCCAGGCGGUGCAGGCGGGAUGUGCAUGAAUCGCACUCUGCUCCAGGGAUCAGGGUCGCGCUUUCUCCGGCGUUGUUUUCUUAAAUGCAAUUUUCAUUUGCCAAAAGGUUACCGGGGAAGAACCAAGAUCUGUGUUUCAAAAGAUACGGAACUCUCGCUCAAGUGCCAUGAAUAGCUAUGGUGCUCCGUAUUUGUACAUGCCCUCCGCGUCUCCGCGGGCUCCGUCCCAGAGAACUCCCAAAUGCGCUAGGUGUCGGAACCAUGGCGUGCUGUCCUGGCUGAAAGGCCACAAACGUUACUGCCGCUUCAAAGAUUGCACUUGCGACAAAUGCAUCCUCAUCCUGGAGAGACAGCGGGUUAUGGCCGCUCAGGUGGCCCUGAGGAGGCAGCAAAGCAACGAGAGUCCCUGCAAUCUGGUUCUUCCCGAGGACUGUAGAGCGAUUUAUCCGGCUCCCGAGAGACUCGAGGACUCACCCCCUCCGGAGACUUUGCACUCAAGAGACAGAGGUAGAAACAGACCAGAGGGGACGCCGGCUGCAGACUGCCUGCUACAUCAACCAGAUAAAUAUGAAGGUGCCGAAGGAAAUGUUAAUGAGAAGAAGCAAAUAAACAUGAUGGAAAAUAAUAUAGAAGAGUUGAUUUCACCCACAGAUACCCAGAAUAAUGAUGCACCAACACUACUGGCUGAGUCAAGCAAUGACACAGAACAAACGAAAGAAGACACAGUACAGGUUAAAGAUGGUACCAGAUAUAAUUUCAAAGACAUCAAGAAGUUCUUUAAGUCUGAAGAUGUACUUAAGGACAUGUUCCCUCCAGGGGAAUUCAAAAGACCUCCAAUUGAAGUUCUAACAAAAAUAUUUCCAAACCAGAAACAGUCUGUGUUGGAGCUGAUACUGAAAGGGUGCAGUGAUGACUUGGUUUCAGCAAUUGAAACCUUAUUGUCCAGUAAUGCUAGGAGAAGGGGAAGUCAGCAGAAUUCCAAGGACAUAGCUGACUGCAGUUCUGGUCACUAUCCCUUAUCCUCAACAGCUUGGUCGCUGAGCUCUGCCUUUAGAUCCCCGUCUGAUCCAUUCCAGGUAGCGCCCAGCAACCACAAUGUUGUAGCAAGUUUGCCUAAUCUAAAUCAAACAGUUACCCAACCCAGUCAUUAUCCAGUGCCGACAUUUUUCAGACCAACUUUGUCUGGAAAUCACCCCUUUGUUUCUAGUGAGUUUGCUUUAUGGAGCACCAUGACCUUCCAGCACCCUAGUCUGAGGCAACAGUUUACCUCCCUGGCUCACUCUACUAGUGCCCUCUUGGGGAGCACAACAAUGGUCCUACCUGCCGUAAAGGAGGGUUCCCAAACAACGGCUGUCUGUGAUGGAAAAGUGGCAGAGAAGUCUUUGAAAGCACUUGGUGAAAGGCAAGAAGGUAAACCCUAGCAUCACGGACUUGAGGCAGACUCAAUUAAUUUUCACAUUUAUUCAUGGGAAAUGCAAAUUUUUAAAAUGUAGACACAUUGAUAAAAAUAAAUCCUAAAAUAAGCACUGUAAGGAGGAUGUCCAUCCUUAGUACCUGUAAUUAUCUCCUCUGGUAAUAAAUCAUUUUGAAAAAUGUUCAUUAUACUUGGAAUUUAAUCAAAUUAAAACAAGACUACUUUAUGGAAAUUCA